AACUGUCUUCUCUGCUGAAGUCCCUCUUUCUGGGGCACAUAAUCAGUCCUCCCAAACUACCUAUUGUGAGGGAGGAGAAGCACAAUAAUUUUACUUUCGUUUCUCCUUUCUGGUCAAGCCUGGGUGGUCAUUCAGUUAAGCAAAGAAUAGAGAACCAAAUGAAAGAAUUAAAGAGAAGCACACACACACUCUUCUUCACAGAGUACAAUGCAAUUGAAGGAUAGAAAUGCUCCCAGAAUAGGGAGCAUGUAUGGUAGCUCUCCGGCCAUUAGAAAUCUGGGGUUGGGCAAUCUGAAGAGUAUGAGGUAUGUACCCUAAGGGUCCCUAGGGAUUCUCUGAAACUGUAGUCAGCUGAUCUAGGUCUGAGCUUGCUAAAUCUGCUGUGAUUCCAAGGGUGUCUGGUGACUAAAAUCCACAGACUCUGAGAAAAAGCUUGAAAAUUACCUAGGGGGGAGGGAGGAGGUGGCCGCUGCUAUCAUAUGAUGAUUUAAAGCUAGAAGGGAAGUUAAGAGGCAUCUAGUUCGACUCCCAUUGUACUGAUGAGAAAACUGAGGCCAGAAAGAUUCAGUCAUCCAGGAAACGCAGUCUUAGAUUCUUCUGCCAACUUAGGAAGCAGCAGAAAAGAUGCUGAAGAACUGGGGCCCCUUAAGCCCCAAGGACUUUGCUCAGCUGCAGGAAUAUAUGGAAUACUCAACCAAGAAAGUCAGUGAUGUCCUAGCUCUGUUCAAUGAAGAUGGAGAAUUGGCUCAGUAUCUCCAGGGAGAUUCCAUAGGGUAUGAAGGAUUUCAGCUCUUUCUGAAAGCCUACCUGGAAGUGAAUAAUGUCCCCCCACAACUGAGCCAAGCCCUUUUUCGAUCCUUCCAGACCAUGGAUUCUCAGAAACAGGGUGACGAACAAGAAGUAGCCCUGAUCUGUCUUAAUGAUGUCUCCUGCUACUUCUCCUUACUGGAGGGUGGACGGCCAGAAGACAAGCUAGAGUUUACCUUCAAGCUAUAUGAUACAGACAGAAAUGGACUCCUAGACAGCUCGGAAGUGGACAGAAUUAUCACCCAGAUGAUACGAGUGGCCAAAUACCUGGAUUGGGAUGUAACUGAGCUGAGACCAAUUCUGCAGGAGAUGAUGAAAGAGAUUGACUACGAUGGCAGUGGGACAGUCUCUCUGUCAGAGUGGGUACGGGGUGGAUCCACCACUGUGCCUCUGCUGGUGCUACUGGGACUGGAAGUGAGCUUGAAGGAUGAUGGGCAGCACAUGUGGCGGCUGAAACAAUUCUCCCGUCCUGCUUAUUGCAAUGUGUGCGAGACAAUGCUGCUUGGGAUAACCAAACGGGGGCUGACCUGUACCUUUUGUAAGUUCACAGUCCAUGAGCGCUGUGCCAAGAAGGCCUCACCUUGCGAGGUCAGCACCUAUGCCAAGUCCAAGAAAGACACUGGUGCCCAGACCCACGUGUGGGUUCGUGGAGGCUGUGACUCUGGGCGCUGUGACAGCUGCCAAAAGAAGAUCCGGAAUUUCCAGAGCCUGACAGGACUACAUUGUGCGUGGUGCCAUCUCCAGAUCCACGAGGAUUGCCUCUCGGCCAUGAGCUCUCAAUGUGACUGUGGGCUGCUCCGUGACCACAUCCUGCCUCCCUCAGCCAUCUACCCUUGCAUCCUGGACCGCCAGACCUUGAGCACCAGGAAUGUCGACGAAUUACAGCAUUUGGUCCCUGAUGGACAGGCCCUGCGGAUUAUCCCUAUUCCCAAUACCCACCCACUUCUUGUCUUUGUGAACCCCAAGAGUGGUGGGAAGCAGGGGGAAAGGGUGCUUCGAAAGUUCCAGUACCUGCUGAACCCACGACAGGUUUACAACCUUGCAAAGGGGGGUCCUGAGCCAGGGCUCAAGCUCUUCAGGGACCUCCCAGAUUUCCGAGUGCUGGUAUGUGGUGGAGAUGGCACAGUAGGCUGGAUCUUGGAUGCCAUUGACAAGGCCAGCUUCCCCAACCCACCGCCAGUGGCUGUGCUUCCCCUAGGCACAGGGAAUGACCUAGCUCGAUGCCUAAGAUGGGGAGGAGGAUAUGAUGGUGAAAAUCUGGGAAAGAUACUCAAGGAUCUGGAGUUCAGUGCUACCGUGUAUAUGGACCGAUGGUCUGUGGAGGUGAUUCCUCUGGACCCCAAUGAGAAGAGUGACCCAGUCCCCUACCAUAUCAUCAACAACUACUUCUCCAUUGGUGUGGAUGCUUCUAUCGCUCACCGAUUUCAUAACAUGAGGGAGAAAUAUCCUGAGAAGUUCAACAGCAGGAUGAAGAACAAGCUGUGGUACUUGGAAUUCGCCACAUCUGAGUCCAUCUUCUCCACAUGCAAAAAGCUGGAAGAGUCUGUGUCUGUGGAGAUCUGUGGGACACCUUUGAAACUGAGUGAUCUCUCCUUGGAGGGCAUUGCGGUGCUAAAUAUUCCCAGCAUGCAUGGAGGCUCCAACCUCUGGGGGGACACAAAGCGACCUUCCAAAGACACCCAGGGUUUAGAUUUGGAUUCUGUGCCUCCUGAAGCAAUCACCAACCCUGAGGCCCUGAAAACCUGUGUGCAAGAUCUGAGUGACAAGCGCCUGGAGGUGGUGGGACUAGAGGGAGCAAUUGAGAUGGGUCAGAUCUAUACUGGGCUGAAGAAUGCUGGACACCGGAUUGCUAAAUGCUCCCAAAUUACUUUUCGGACUAGAAAAGCCCUUCCCAUGCAGAUCGACGGGGAACCCUGGAUGCAGGCACCAUGUACUAUCCAGAUCACCCACAAGAAUCAGAUGCCCAUGCUCAUGGGCCCACCACCUCGGUCAUCCAACUUCUUCGGUCUUUGGUCCUGAGGUGGAGGGUCCUGAGGGGAAGCCCCCUCGGCCCCUCCACUCUACUUCCUUGGGUUCUCCCUCUAUAUCUAUGCUACCGCUCCUGCUCCUCCCUCCAUGAGCUCAGGUGGCCUUCUUCCUCUCACAGUAUUUAUUGUCCCUCUCUGCUUCCCUUCCUGCCCAACACACACAUUGAAAGUGCCUCAUCUGAAGACAAAAAAUGGUUUGGUUUUUCACUGGACCGUCUUGUGUUAAUUAAGGAAAUCACAGGUUUGUUCUACUCCUAUUCUCCACUCCAAACCUGCUUUGGGUUCUUGGCAGGUGAGAACAGAGUCAGUGUUGGGUUCAAAGUUUUUAAUUCAGGCAAUGGCAGGGCAGCUAUGGGGAAGAGAAGGGAGGAGAGGAUCUGAGUUCCUCUGCCAUCCAUAGUCCUGAGAUGCCAUGGGCUCUCAGACCUGUUGCCCACUGAGGAGGGGACUACUUUCUCCACUGAGUCUUGGAUGGAAGGAAGAGGGCAGUCUCAGCCAGUGAACAGUACCUUGAGGCAGCCAGGACUGUGGGAGAGCUGAGCCCCGUUUCACCCUCCUAGAGUGACAAGAGGAGAAACAGUGAUGAGCAGGGAUGGAAGUUGCUCUGGUCCACCCACAUGGGAUUUUCAGGUGUACCUAUCCCAUUUUCAAGGUGUCUGACCACCAUAAAUUUCCAUGUAGGUCUUGAGGCUAUUUCUUUUCAUUCUGCCUGCCCUACAUGAGGACAAUUCUCCUGCCUCUAAUGCCUGAAUGUUCAGAGCCCACAGUCCUCUGGGAAAUCUUACUCUACCCAGCAUUUUCCUUAUUUUAUUUCUUCCUCAAAAUAUUUCCCCUUUGUCAGGGAGGAUAUCUGUAGGGGGAAAGAGAAGGAGGGAUGGUAGAUCCUAAUAUAAGAACACAUUUGUGUAGUACUUUAUCUCAUAAAGUGCUUUAUAUACAUUCUCACCUGAUCCUCACAGUAGCCCCAUGAAGUAGGUAAUACAAGUUGUUAAAUUUAGGGUAGCUAGGUUGCUGAGUGGAUAGAGCACCAGCCUGACAUCAGGCAGACCUGAGUUCAAAUCCAGCCUCAGACACUCGCUAGCUGUGUGACCAUGGGCAAGGCACUUAAUCCUACUAGCCUCCAUUAAAAAAAAAAAGAUGUUAAUUCUCAUUUUCGAAUGAGAAUUUAGAACUGGAAGGAACCUUAGAGUUCAGUUAGUUUAGAGGCUCUUAACCUUAAUUUAAGAAUAUACUUUGGAAGCUA